AUGUCGGAGAAUAAGGUGCAUUUUUGGCACAUUUUGCUUUAUUACUUCAAGAAAGGCAAGCGAGCUGCGGAGGCCCACCGAAAGAUGUGCGGCGUAUACGGGGACGAUGCCUUAACAGAACAUGCCGCUCAGAAAUGGUUUGCCAAAUUUCGUUCCGGAGAUACGAGUCUUGAAGAUGGAUCCCGCAGCGGUCGGCUCACCGAGGUUGAUUCGAAUGAUAUAAAGGCACUGGUUGAGCAAAACCGGACGCUAAAGAUGCGAGAGAUUGCGGAGACACUUAAAAUAGGUUGGAACCCGGCACGAAAGCGACCCGUUUCUCAAACGAAAGUGACUGGCGACGAAAAGUGGAUCAUCUACGACAACAUAGUGUGCAAGAGAUCGUGGGGAACCGCUGGCGAGCCGCCGAAUGCAACCCCGAAGGCCGGCCUGCAUCCGAAGAAGAUUUUGCUAUCCAUAUGGUGGGAUCAUCGUGGUAUGCUGUUUUACGAGCUGCUUCCUCAGGGAAAAACGAUCGAUUCGAAGGUUUACUGCAGCUAA